CUGGAUCUCGUUGUGGACGUGGCCAAGACACGCUGGCUUGCGCGCACGCGCGAGUGCGUGCGUGUGUGCUGCCGGGACCUUCCACGUGGCCCAGAACACACUCAGUUUCCAUUCGGGAACAGUCGGGAGCGCGCGCCUGACGCAGUGCAGAACCCACGGCGCGUUCACGUAACCGCAGCAGCCGGAGCAGAAGGCACUGCUACCGGCGCUAUCAUGGAUACAUAUCUGAGCAGACUGGUCCCUUCAGUUCUGGUUCUGGCUCUGGUCCUGCAGGUUCACCUGUCCCAGCCUGCACCUCAAAGAGAGGAACCAGGACAAGCCCACCCAGAUUCCAAAGUGCUGAUCAAUCCUUUUGGUUCAGGAGAAGAAGAGCGAAGGUUGCUGCAGCGUUACAUCCAGUUAACAAGAAAAGAUGAUGUUCAGAUCAACUCACGGGAUGAAGAAGUGUUCUACCUGUUUCGUCUCUAUGACUUCGACCGCAGUGAGCGGCUGGAUGGCUUGGAGAUGAUGAAGCUACUGUCUGACUACAACUCCCAGCAUGCACCUGAGGAACAAGCCAAUGACAGGGUGGUGUCCUUGGUGGAUUUCCUUCUUCAGAGUCAGGACGUUAACGGGGAUGGUCUCUUGGAUGCCUCAGAGCUGCUUUCGCCUCACAGAGCUCACACAGAGGACAAGAACAUCCCUGUUGAUGAGCCAAAGGCGAUACUGGACGAGAGGAUGCCAGACGUUGGCACCAAGCAGAAGACGAUGGAAGCGGUCAAGCAAGAGGAGGAACAUGAUGAACAUGUUCAGCCUCAUCACGAGGAAGUACAACAAGAUGUUGGAGCAGAAGAAGAACAAGAGUCCAUACAGCAAAUGGAUGAACAUAAAAGACAAGUUCAAGAAGAAUUUGCAGCAGAUCAGAGGCAUGAACAGGAAGUCCCUGUACAUCAGGGCCAACCAGAAAUAUGAACACACACACACACACACACACAAAGUGCUGCAGUGGACUGAUGGAAUAAACAUAUGGUGGUCUAGGAUUAUACAUUAUAUUGAUAUCCAUUAUCUCCGACCACUUCUUUGCACUUUUUAUGCAACUGGAGCAAAAAGAAGUCUUAAAUUAAAAAAUGCAAUAUUUUGUUCAAACUGAAGCCUUAAUUUCAAUGUUGUAUAUUUAGUGUGAUGGAACUUAGAAUUUUUAAAACCAUUGGACAUGGUUUUCGGGAUUGUGUUCUUUUUAGUGAUCUAUACCGUUUACAUGUCGUGCACCCAGUAGGUGUGUGCCGUGCAUGGUGCAAUAAAAUCAGCCAGUGUCUUCCUUCCUCGACAUGUUUUCUCAUAUGCUGAACCUCAAUUUACAAAGUUAGGCACAAUUGGUGAGGUGAAUUUCAAUAAACAUCACAUUACUUUAGCUCCCCCCAAAUUAUGUCUGUUUCUCCAUUGCAGUGUACUAUGAAUUGGUUAAAUAAUUGCUAUAAUUGUGUCUUUUUAUCCCUUUUCUGGACCAUUUACACCCCCCC